AUGGCGUUUCAUCCAGACACUCUCACUGAUCUCGGGGGCAAAGUUUUCAUAGUUACUGGUGGAAAUUCUGGCAUAGGCUUUUACACCGUAUCCCACCUCGCAGAACACGGCGCCCACGUUUACAUGUGCUCGCGGUCUCGGGAUAAAGGAAACGCAGCCAUCACCAACAUCAAACAGACACAUCCCGCAGCGCACAUUGACCUCCUACAAAUGGAUCUCAUGGACCUCUCGAGCGUUGUCGCAGCGGCCCAGCACUUUCUCACUCUCGAAACAACCCUACACGGCCUAGUCAAUAACGCAGGCAUCAUGGCGACGCCGUUUGAGAUUACCAAAGAUGGGCACGAGGCUCAAUGGCAGACCAACUACCUCGCUCACUGGGUCUUUACCGAGAAGCUGCUGCCGCUCAUGCAAAAGACAGCCAAGACGCUUCCUCCCGGUAGCGUACGCAUCGUCAACCUCACUUCGUCGGGUCACUUGGCCUCUCCCAAGGGCGGCAUCAAUUUCAACGACCCGUCACUCAAGGAUAGCAGCAAGUGGACGCGGUACGGGCAGAGCAAGCUUGCCAACAUUCUACACGCCAAGAGCCUAGACAAGGUGUACGGUCCCGGAUCUCCCAGCGCGCGAAACGGAGAAGGCGAGAUUUGGGUUUCAUCUGUACAUCCAGGCAUGGUCGAGACGAAUAUUUCCGCAUCAGUAGAGAGUCCCGACACGGGGUUCGGUAUGGGCAGCGUGUUUUCGGUCGCGCGCAAGUUUGGAUUGAUCUGGCCUGCCGACAAGGGGUCAUGGAACACUCUGUAUUGUAUAGCGAGUGAGGAUAUGAAGGCGGAGCAGAGCGGCGGGUAUCUCGAAAUCUUUGCGAGAUUCGGCGAGCCAAAAUGUCAGAAUGCUGCAGCCAAGGAUGAGAAACUAGCAGAGAGGUUGGAGCGCUGGACUGAAGAAAUGAUGAAGAGGGAAGGGUGGGUUCAGUAA